UGCUCACUGUGAGUGUAUGGCGUGGGUGUCUAUAUGCACUUAACACCUGCACAUGAAGCAGAGUCUGUGUUUCAGUCAUCAGUCAUGGAGGUGACCCAAACCUGCUUACUCCCAUGGAAUAUCUGACAAAGGGCAUUUCCAUAACCUUUUGGAUAUUGAACCCAAGGUAUUUUCCUCACUACCAUGAACAACAAACAUCACCCUCCCCUCAUGAAGAAGCACAGUCAGACGGACCUCGUCAGUCGACUGAAGACCCGCAAGGUCCUGGGUGUUGGAGGCGAAGAUGAUGAUGGUGAGAUCCACAGGUCUAAGAUCAGCCAAAUGCUUGGCAACGAAAUGAAGUUUGCGGUACGAGAGCCAAUAGGUCUACGGGUAUGGAUUCUCGUAUCCGCUGUGCUGUUCACAAGCAUGGCCUUGAUAGCAUUGGUACUCCCCAGUCAGCUCUAUGAGUUUGUGUUUGAGCUCACCACCACCCAGGUCUCCAUUCGACUCUAUGGUGGAGCACUUCUCAGUAUCUCUUUAAUCAUGUGGAAUGGCCUGUACACAGCAGAGAAGGCCAUCCUCCAGUGGACCCUCCUAACGGAAGCAAGUUACCUGGCUGUCCAGUUCCUAGUUACGUCUGUCACGCUCCUGGAGGUUGACCAGGUUUCAAACCCACUAUCUCUCCUCCUCACCAGUGAAGUCCUAUUCCUUCUCAUCACCCUGCUUUACUACCAUCAGCUUGGCCGCAAGUUCAAGAAGAUAUGAAAGACUCCUUGUACUACAUGCAGUGGAUGAGUAGAUGGAAAGAUGUAGCAUCAAACAAGAUCAGUGUUAUGUUUUGUUGCACCCCAGAAAACUCACCUACUAAUAUGGGUCCACCUUGGGCACCAAGCUUUUAGGGGGACUCAAAUAAAGCCUUAACUGUUGGUGCGUGAGUUGUAUACACUGAUAUAAAUAUAUUCUGAGAUCGAAUCAUAGAACUAAGAACCAGGGAAUGCAACAGCAGUGACUAGGAUGUAUUUUGUUCCUUUUUUGUAGGCUUUUAACUUAUUCUGAGGACGAAGAAACACAGAGGAAAGUCAGUUAAGGAUUUGUGCUUGAAAUAGACAGCUGAAGUGAAUUCCUCUUCAAAUAUUACAAGUCAAGGUUACUAUAUUGAUCUUGGGAAUUGAAACAUAGUAGCCUAUAGACGAUUUAUUCACUACCGGUCAAUAUUGGGUUAUUUAGACAUAGAAAAGCGACAACCAUUAAAAAUCGAUGUGGUAAUUUACUUGGUUGUACAAAUGCAUUUUGUAUUCAAACCCCAAAAGGGUGGUUGUAAUAGCAUUGUGGAUUCCUAUAUUUAAACUGUUAAAGUAGAAAGGAUCAUUUCUUUAGUUCAGUAACUGAUUAUAAAUGUUAAAGUGCAUAGUGAGUUAGACAGCACAUUUUGUGUAGCACAAAAGAGUUUUGUUAAAAUACUUGAGAAUUUAGUUGAAUAUACUGCAGUUGUGUCAAAUGUUCUUCUUAUAUUUGUUUAAAGAACUUCAUAUGAGUUUUGAAGGAUCCUGUGUUUGGUUACAGUGCUGUUAAACUUUUAAUUUUACCUUUUAAUGGGUGUUUAAAUGUGACAGUGAAUCACUGGGUAAAAUCUUUACACCAAUACACUUUGGAAUUGUUGCACUUUUUAACAAUAUUUCUAGGGUGGCAAAUUCUGCAUUUUGGAAUUUAAUGGAAACCUAUUGGUGACUUUUGGAAACUUUGGGAAUGUAAGCUGGAAUCAUAUUAAAAUAAAUAUAUAAAAUUCAGAUAUGACAUUUUAUUCCUUAUGUCCAACUCUAUGUGGUCCUGCAGUAUCAAGUAGAAUUAUAUUAAUAUUGAGAAGAAAUUCUUCCAACUGUUAGUUUUGCAGUUGAAGCUCAUCCACACUCAAAGUGGAUUAUACAUACAUUUGAUGACAUCACAAAUGUAACACCCCUAAGGGCUUCAUUCAUAAUGUUCGGAUAUGAAUUUCAGGGUUUGUAAUUUGUUGUGAAUACACUUCAUAAUGAAUGGUUCUCUAUGGUCAUCAUGUCAAAUGAAAUACCAUACCAUACAUACACUAUUUAUUUUAAAAAUGUUUAAAAAAAAUUUUUUCCUAAUUUAAACUAAAGUGAAACUGAUAUCAAAAUAACAAUAAUUUGUUGCCUCACCAUUGGUAUUAACAAUAAUAAUGAUUUAUAUCUGACAUAAUGUAUCACAAACAGAUACCAAGAAAAUGCCAGCUCUUUGCAGACCCAAACAUUCCCUAAAUUAACAUUAUCUUCUUAAUUUCAUAUUUGCUUCAUAGUGCACAUGGGACCAUAGCAAUUGUGUGUAAUGCUUUAUAUGUUAAUUAUUCUGUAUCUGUUUGGUUUUGUAUCUCAUCAACUGUCAAACAUUACCAUAUAGAGUA